UACCAUCAACUAGACCCUCUCACUACGAAAGGCAAUCCUAGUUAUGACUGCUAUCACACCCAUCUCCUCCCUGAAAAACACUUCUCUCCUUUUUUCCCUUUCUCCUCGAAAAAAAUAGUUCUUUUCAUAAAUAACAGUGAGCAGAGGAGAAACGAACUAGCCCUCCCUGAACAAAAAUGGAUGAUUACACGAGAGAAAUGAUGGACCUGAAAACACUCGUCACUCGAACCCUAGAGAAAAAGGGCGUCCUUGCUAAGAUCCGGGCUGAACUGAGGGCAAGUGUUUUUGAGGCAAUUGAAGAGGAGGAUAGGGUAAUUGACAAGGAUGAAGGCCUACCCCCUGCAUUAUUAGGAAGCUGCAAUGAUCGUGCUAAACAACUUCACGCUUCUCCAUCAGGGAGGCUGCUAACUGCACUAAUUUGUGAAUACUUAGACUGGGGGCAGCUAAAUCACACGCUAAAAGUCUAUUUACCAGAGUGCAAUUUGCAAAAGGAUUCUUGGAAAGCUGAGUUGAAAGAAUUCAGUAGCAAGAAUGGAUAUGACCUGAACAGGAACGGAGAUAGUGCUCCUUUGCUUUUGGAUGUUCUUGAAGGAUUCUUGAAGUUUGAGAAUUUAUCCCAAGGAAGGGGUACUGGAAGGAGAAUGUCAGAAACCGAGUCCUUAUCCAAUGUAGAGUCUAGGAAUAUGCGAAGACCCUCAUCAUCAUCUGUUGCUGGUGGCUUACCUCCAUUAAUAAGGCCAGCUUCUUCCCAGGCAUCUGAUAGGAGAGCAGGGUCUUCCAUGUCUGGUUACAGGAAAGAUGAUAACAGUUGGCGAUAUGAUGGUGAUGAACUACCUGAGGAUGUGAUUCGAGCUUCUACUGCCCUUGAAAACCUUCAGCUGGACAGGAAAGCUAGGAAUCUGACUACAUCUUGGAGGCAUGCUGGGGAUGGCAUCAGUGAUGACGGGGGGAGGGCUGACCACAUUUAGCAUCCUCGAAUGAUGCAAUGAGUAGCGUAGUGUGUAUUUUUAUUUUUAUCCACUAAUGUUUUUUUCAUCAGCCAAACGAGGUAGCGAUUUGUUGUUUUGUUUUUUGGUUAAAUAUAUUGUGAGGUGCUCUAGUGUUUUGAUGAGUUCUCUUGCUUCUUUUCUUCUUUUUGGACACAAUUUGAAAUCUCAAUUAGUGAUUGCCAUAAAA